AUCUGCAACAUGACUCCAAACUCAUUACUUAUCUUCAGAAAUCCAUCUCUUCUCUUAAUUCUAUCAUCUUUAUUUGUAUUAAUCUCAGUUACCACUCCAACUAUGAAUUACUGCAAGCCUAUAAGCUGUGGUCAUCUCCCAAACAUUAGCUAUCCAUUUUGGCUGGCAGAGAAGCAUCCAUCUUACUGUGGCUAUCCAUCCUUUAAAGUCUCUUGCCAAAACAACAUGUCAAUUCUUAGUAUGUCUGAUAGUUUCCAAAUUCUCAAUAUAUUUUAUGAGAACCAAUCUGUUGUUCUUAAUGAUACCAAGUUAGAUACAAGUACAUGCUCAUUUCCUAAUUCCGAUCUCAGUUUUGGUCUUUCGUUGUUCGAGAUUAGCUCUGUUAACAGAGAACUCUCCUUCUUCUCCUGCAAUAGCUCUCAUUUUCCACCUGAUUCUGUUAGUGUCCCUUGUCAGCCUCUGAACAUUAGUUUACAACUUAGUAAUGAUAAUUGGGUAGAUGCAAAGCCGAAACCUUCAUUAAGUUCUUGUCAGGUUGCGAGAAGGCCGGUUUUGGGAUAUGCAGGAGCUAAAAGCAGUGAUUAUGCAGUUCUUCUGAGGAGAGGAUUUCUGCUGAAAUGGAAUGUGACUGAUUGCACUGAGUGUAAACAGAGCAAUGGCGAGUGCGGCUACGAUGACGAAAGGGAGAGUUUUAUGUGUAUUUGCGAUGAUCGGCGUCAUUUGAAGCAUUGCAGUGAGUUUCUUCCAUUUCUUUCGUUUUUACUUUCAGUGAUUUUGAUCUUUUAUUUACUUUUCUUUCCUCUAUCAUCCAAUUCAUCUUCAUUAAAAGCAAGAAAUUUGCUAGUAAGUGAUGAAAACUAUUCUUUGGCUACCUGA